AUGCCGGAAGAAGUCAAAAAUAGCGUGCCGACAACCCGUAAACGAAUCCUACUUGAGGGACUAGCUGGUUCAGCCUGGUUUUUGGGAGAGCAAGUUGCAAUGCAAAGUUUAGGCACCACAGAACCUCAAGUACCCAAUAUUCCACCGAGGACAAUGCUUUCUGAUUAUAAGCUGACUGAUGAGUCAGAAGUCAGGGAAGCACUGAAUGGGUACCCCUCUUCGGAAUGGCUGGCAAAUUCAUCCGACUAUGCCCACUACAGAUAUGAGUACAUAAGGUACCGCCACUAUGAGGACUUACGUGAAGCGGAAGGACAAGAUCGAAAUCUCGAAGGGGCCAAUAUAAGGGUAGGAAACAUCUCUCCUCAGCCAUGGUCAGUGCGAAUACCAUGCUGGGCAGCUGAAAAUGGAAGUAAACUUGUGCGGAUACCUCGUGGGCAAGAUAGUCUUGAUCUACCAUUACCUGCUGGUGUGACACAUGUAACUGCUGAAGCUACAACCGAGAUUUUGGAGCUGAAUGCUGGGUUGAAUGCCGUACUAUUUUCAACUUCACUGGAAGCAAGCAUAGAGAUCAGGCGCCUACGGCAAGAGAUUGAGAUAUUGAAGAACACCUCGGGAACAACCAUUGCAAGUUCGGGUAUUGGUGAAGACGUCUUAGCUGAUGAUGCAGAACAUGUAAGUUUGUUACCUCCAUUGUAA